GAGGAAUGAAUGUGCCUUGCUGCAGCCACUUCGUACGAUUCCUUACGGAAUAGCCAAAAGUAGCUUGCAGAUGGCUCUGUGUUGACAUGGUUACUAGAUAGUUGUGAUGUGUGCGGUAACCAGAUUUAUCUCGGAUACACAUGACUACCCGUACUUGCCGCUGCUGUUUCAGAUGUGAAAUGGGCAACCUUCUGCGCUUGCUGUCGAGGGACGAUGCCCCGAAGUACGACGUCUUCGUUGACUUCGAAAAUGCUGAGCCUUCAGAAUCCGAACAGGAGACGUACUACGUAGUGCAGGAUGUGCUGCAACACUCAAGGGACAUACUCUUGGAACUGCAGACGUACAAAGGCGCGGGCAGCGAGAUUAGAGAGGCUAUAGCCAACCCAAGGAGUGAAGCUCGUCAAAUGAAAGCCUGGGAGGCAGUGCUGCCCCUGGUCUCCAAGUUGAAGCAGUUCUACAUCUUUUCGCAAAGUCUUGAGGAAGUUGUGCCUCGCAUCCUGUGGGAGCUUUGCUCAGGUCCGCGGACCCCUCGCGAGCACCUGGAAACACAGCAAGCCCUUGUGAAGCAGUUUGCAGAGAUUUUGGACUUUGUACUCAAGUUCGACGACCUCAAGAUGACGAACCCCGCAAUUCAAAACGACUUCAGCUACUACCGCAGGACGGUUAGCAGGUUACGGCUGGCAAACCAGGAAAACAUAGAGGACGGUCUGGAGGUUCCCAACGAGCUCGCGAACCACAUGUCGCUGUUCUACGCUCACGCGACGCCCAUGCUGAAGGUGCUCAGCGAUGCAACGACGCGCUUUGUCGCUGAAAACAAGGACCUGCCCAUUGAGAACACCACUGAGACCCUGGGGACCAUGGCCAAGGUGUGCCAGCGGAUGGUCGACAACAGAGAAAUUUGUUCGAGAUUCAAGAACGAGGAGACCAUCCUGUUUGUGCUGCGGGUGAUGGUAGGCGUGAUCAUACUGUACGACCACGUUCACCCCCAGGGAGCUUUCACCAAGACAUCUCAUAUUGAUGUCAAACGGUCAAUAAGGGUCCUCAAGGAGCAGCCGCCAAAUGUUGUCGAGGGACUUCUGAAUGCACUAAGGUACACAACACGUCACCUGAACGACGAAACAACGCCGCGCAACAUCAAAGGUUUGCUGGCCUGACUUGGACUGCGCUGUGGUAGUCAUCUCUUGAGUGUUCAAUUUACACGUUUUCCGGUCGUCGUCGACGAUGUCGCUCUUCACUUCAGUGCUACAGCAAUGUGCCGUGCCGUACUAUGCACAAUGCUUGUUUGUUUUUCUUCAGUAGCACCUGUGAUUUUUGUUUUUGUGUCACAACGUGAAAAGUGGCGGAACUUCGUUGACGAAAGUGAGCUAGACCACUUAAAUUUUUGUUUGUUUGUUUGUCGGUCACAACUGUGUUGAACUGCAUUGGAGACGAUGUGACGUUGCAGGGAUAAACGGGUGAACCGCGCAAUGUGUUUGGGGCAGAGAAAGAUGCAGACAGGAUUGGCCACAGCGAGAUCUUUCCAACCUUGUAAAAACUGAAGCUCUCACAGAUUUUACUUGGACGACAAACUGAGUUCUCUUAUCCAUGGACAAUGUUUUUAACGCUUUCCUAUGCUGGUGCUCACUCGUCUAAUGUUCAGAGCUUUUCGUCAUCGACUUGUGCUCAGUUAGGUGUCUCCCUUCCUCGUAUGAAAUUUUAAGUUUCGCUUGACUUUCACAGCAUUUCAUGUAGUUUUAUGUAGGACGCCGCUUUCGGGUUCCACUUGUUUCACUAUGCGGCGAUAAAUUUUAGUGUUUAUAGGUGCCCUUUUACUUUCUUUUAGGGAGAGAACUACUCUCAUUGUGUCAUCUGUGCGAUGCCUUUAUUUCAUAGCCUUCUUGUGUGCUUUGUGUCCUUUAACUUCCAGCUUUCGGUAGCGGCCUUUUAGCUUUCCUUUAUUUCUGCAACUUGUGAUGCAGUGUUUUUAUGUUUCCACAGGUUCGACCUUGACGUGUGUGCUGUGGAAAAACUUUUAAUUUAGCUUCCUAUUUUACGUUGGAAGUUCACGUUGCGGCUACAUCCUGUACAUUAUUUCUCUGUUCCUGCCGCUUGAAGUGGUCAGCCCGUUUCUCUCAUUGUGAAUUAAGUGGCCUGUGACCAGAGGCGAUCGGUUGACAUUCACCUCGUGCAUCAACUGUGUUUGACAUUCAGCGUGUCACUUUCUACCCAUUAUGGCUGCAAAGCGGUGUAGGGGUUUGCGGUUUACCUAGAGGUUCUUGUAUCUAGACUUUUUAGAAGACUUUCUACAAUGCCUUCAAUGUGUGAGCGUAUGCGCAGGUAGCCUGUGAAACGUUGCGGCAUCUUAGCCAGUAGCACAAAUGCCAGUGGCUGCAAUUCUGCGUUUGUACUGUUGCAUGCUUUGUGACAAAGCAACAUAUGCACACAUGGCAGAUAGCCUAUCGCAUUGUCACUUGCGACGCACUUGAGGUUAAACUUUGAAAGAGGGUUAAAAAAAGGUCAGCCAUUCUUACGCCCCGAUUCGGGUUUUGUCUGGUGCGCAAAUAAUCAUUGGUAUUGUCAUAAAAUUUGGUGCAUAAACAGACAUUAGGAAGAGCAACUUCUUUUUUCCUACAUUUUUGUGCAUUUAUGCUCCAAAUUUUUCUACGUGAAUUCAUACAAAUUUUUUCAGUUUCAUUGCUAUUGCUGGUAGGGGAUUGAUUAGACUGUCUUCCAUGUGCUCAUGUGCUCCUCCUUAUAACUUGAUAAUAUACACUGUCAUUGAUGAAACUAAUGCUAUACUGGAGGCUCUUUCGCAGUUACGUGACAAAGUAACCUGACUGUGAGAUUUAUCUGAACUGCAACCAAUGUAGCUCCAGUUUGCGGGCGUGUCUUCUUAACCACAGUAUUGUUUGUCAGAUGAGCUCCUUGUGGCUCGGAAGGCCCAAUUGUGCCGUAAUUACAGAAAAGUGAAGUUAUUCUUCCUUCAUUAGCUACAGAGUGCUGCUGUGUGGAAGCCCACGAGUGUCUUGAAGAAUUGCAUGCUAUGGAAAUAGUCUUUAGGACACACUGAAAAGCUUUUUAUACUUGGGCCACAUGUAGUGUGCUUGAAAACCCUAUAUUGUUUAGAUGUGAAUUUUCAAUGGGGGAGCAAGCCAUUUUACAUGUACUAAUGUGGCUGGAAAUGUGAUCAGAUAUGUGUGUAUUUACUCAGAACAGAGACUGGAUUUCCAGAUUAUUAUUCUUCUUUCAUGGAAGAUGCGCCUGGGCUUUCGAACAAUGUGUGCGAGCUGCGACAUGCCAAUUACCCACAACUUUCACUUUACGAUAGCUGCGAGAUUAGUGACAUACUCGUAUGUUUUGCAAGUGUGUAUCAUCUGAAGAGGGAUUGCACUUGCCUUUAAACAUGGGAGAUUAACUAUCUUCACAGCAUUAGAUAUCAAUUUCAGCCAUCGAGCUGCAAGCACUGCUGCACAAAACUUUCACCAUUUUUUUUUAUUGCAGUGUACGAGAAACUCUAUCUCAACUCAUUUUCUGAUAGGAGGCUUAGAAUUAGCGCAUUCUCACAUGUCAGCUGAAAACGUAUCGACGAGGUACUGUUUUCAUGAAUUUUUACCACGUAGAACGAACUUCAGCGUGUGGAACAUUGCAGAAGGCACUGUUGUGACAUUGUUUCGCAAAUUUGAAUUCAGGGAAGUCUGGAUCUGACGCAAGAGUGAUAUAAUUAAGGAUAUUGAAUUUUGGAGGUUGGUGGUCAAACCCCAUAGAUGGCUCUCACGUAGCGGUGUAACAGGGUUAGUCAACGUAUAAAACAGGGUGCCUCUCUUUGAGCGGUGCAAAAUGAUGGGUGUAUUAACUGCACACGUAACACUUAGUUAAAAUUUCACAGUAGCUGCUGCCCCGUAACCUAAAAGUUUAUUGCUCAAAUGGUCCAUAUGCAGUUAAAGAUCUUCCACUCAUUUGUGCGUCGUUUUUGUGGAAAUUAUAUUUCAACUUGCAUAGAUGUCAUGUUCUUUCUCUUAACGAUGCGUAGAAUGUACAGAAUUGGAACUGCCUGCGAUAACGCUUGACCACAGGCAUGCGCACGGGGGUGGCCGCCUCCCCCUAGUCACCUAAGAGGGGGGUGCGCAAAUUCUGCCCCAUACUUUCACUUAGUAAGGAGGGGGGGUGGCACUGCAACGAACCCCCCCUGAUGGGGAACCCUGUGCACGUUUAUGCACUUGACGGUGGCGUUCAGACAAGCGUCUAAGCUUUGUGAAAUCUUGUAAAAGUAGUCAUUUACUAAGGUGUCUUAGAUCUAGCGCCUUAGUGUUAACACAAGGACGCUAUGCUGCUUAGCAUCCGAGCCCCUGAUUGCAUUCUAUUGUAAACUAGCUUGGGUCUUUCUUUGUACUCCAAACGGUUAGCGUGAGCUGUUUUCCUUUGCACAGAAGUCCUAAAUCUGAAACUCCAUAUAGGAGCAUGUCAUGCUUAUGCUUGACUAAUAGUUUUGCAUCGACACUGAAUAAGCCCCUUUCCCACUUGUAGAGAAACAGAACGUCUUCCGCAAAGCUCUCUGUAGAGGAAACGCAUUGCAAAGCAAAAUACUGCCAAACCACUCAUUCUGUCUAGGCAUUGUUUUUCCUGCCUGAACAUCACGCGUGGCCCACCCACUUUGUGGCAGCCAUUUUGAGACCAGGGUGUUGUCACUGCACGUACCGUAGGCAUGUAGCGAGAGGUGCUAUUUUUGGAAAGAUGUCGAGAAGGUGGCUGGGUUGUGAGAAAAGUUGGCUGUAUCGUUGCAAGGUCGGUGAUGCCUGAGGCUUUGACUGAUGCGAGUGUGCUGAAAGAAAGGCUCUGUCCACAGUAGACCAUUGACAACUCAACCCUCUGAGUGCAGUUUAGGCUAAGUGGAAGGCAGGUCUUCUUUACUGCCGAACAGCUGUCAAUUUAUUAAGUUAUUUUUUGCUUGCCACAUUGGCCAAGUGGCUAAGUAGCAUUCUAUUGCAAAGCUCAGGGUCAGGGGUUCGAUUCUCUGCGGUUGAAGCCACUUUCAGAUGUAGGUGGAAUCUAGAAACACUUGUCUGUUUACUUGCUUAUUAAAAGAAACCCAGGCAGUCAAAAUGCGUAAAGAUUGUGCACUGCCUUGACAAACCUUAAGCACCCAUCAUGACUUGAUAAAACUUCAUGCUCUGUGCGUGCAUUCACAAUGUAAAAAUGGCAAAAGAGUUAAUUCACAGUUUUUAUAAUUCACCUUAAGAAAACCACUGCUUAUUUGAGCGAAGCAUCAUUGUCAUUGCGAGAGGAUGGAAAACGACUUUGAUUCCAUCAUUUCAUGUUGCAGACGUUUCAGCACACUUGUAAUUUAAUGUGCAAAUGAAAUCUGUUUGUUUUGGCUGCAGCCUCAUCUGGCGGCUGUUUUGCAUAUUGUUGUAGCUGUUCAGGAAAAGGCGGGUUUUGAGAAGCAUUUGGUCAGAUUGCAGAGUGGUUCAUCAUUCGUACCAUUAUGUAGUGGAACAUCGUUGUAGUGUAACUAACUGUAAUUGAUCGUGUGUAUUAUGAUGACUGCUAUUCAUAAGCUAUGCAUAGUUUCUGAUGUCACAUUUUGAUUUGGCAAUGGUCUACUGCCUACUAAUCCUGUAUACAUUGUAAAACUCAUUACAGCUCUUUGUGCAUGCUCAGAUGAACAGUGCUAAUCUUACACAAAUGUGCGUGUUUGCUGCUUACAUGUGUGUGCUAUUGCUAACUGUGUUUUAUACUGUCAUUACCAUCUGAUGUGAACAGUAGUGGCUAUUUAGCACUGAAAAAAAAAAAAAAACUUACAGGCCUGAUUGAAUGCUCUCUGUGAGAGUAUACAUACUAUGACAUUAUUGCUAAUCUGUCGCUGUGGUUACUUGUUCAAUCGUUCGUGGCCUUUGGACUUUCCUUUUUUUUUUUUUAUUUGGCAGGGCUCUUGUGCUCUUUUCCUUUUUGUUGUCACCGUUUGAAGUCCCAGUUCUUUUUUUUUUCUUUAUAAGAUGCUAGUCAUUCUGUUUUCCCCAUUUUAUCCUUGUUUUUCUUUGCAACUUGCAACAGCGCAUCGGUAACCUCUGUCAACGGUGGUGUUGCACGUUUCGUAAUGUAUCGUACUGUCACAUGUUUUUUUACCAUGUUGCGCGAAAUCAGUGUUCAUGAGGGCUCGUUCUGAACUCUUCCGAGUAUUUGCACAUCGAAGAUGAUUUUAUGUGAUUUUGCCGGAAUCUUUGUUGGCUCAUUUAUGUAAUCUUUUUGAAAGGACUCUUACUCAACUGCAGUGGAGGCUCUGUUUUGUGCAUCACUAUGUAAUGUGAUAAAUCACGCGUGUACUUUUUUUUCCAUCGUGUAACGAAUGACAACUUGUAAUGCGCAUCACUUCUGUAAACGAAAUCAUUAAGCAUCUGUGCACUUUAGUUUCAUAUAGAGGACCCUGCACAAAGGCUUGCAAAGUCGCGUCAGUAUUUCUAGGUAUCAUACUUAUUCUCUGGAGAAAAGCACCAUUGAAAGAGCACAAAGUUUGUUCAGCUGAGUGACUGCUAGUUCUAUGGUCAAGGUCAUGAGAGUGCAGACUGGUUAGCUGGUUGGUACAGAAACAUGGAAAGCACUGCAGCGUUCAGGUUGAGGAUGGGGCAGGGGUCACAAAAAGUUAUACAUACCAUCUUGCAUCGCUUUUAAUUGACUCACUGUGGAAGCGUACAUGAUUAUAUCUCUCAUGGCCUCCUCUUUGUCUCGUUAAAUGUGAAGUAUCCUUGCACAAAGCUCGUUGCAUGAGACGCGUGUCAUUUGCACUUUGAAAAUAAACCUGGCAAGACGUGGUACUGCGCAUUUGAACAGGUCGACACCGAAGCAUCUCUGAUUUAGUUUGUCUAGUAAAUUUGUUUUGUGCUGUAGCGUUUGCCUUGGCCACCUUCUGCUUACCUUACUUGAUAAAAAUGAUCACACUCCAUUGGAUUUUGGGACCAUGUAAUAAAGUUCCAAUUAAACUUUGCUUAACAGGAUUAAGUUGAUGCCAAAUCUAGCUUGUUAUCAUGACAGUAUUUUCACAAUGAUUUCUAAGUGGAGCACGAUGGCAUCCUUAUCUCGUGCGCUACAGUGUUUUCCAAGAUCGCGAUACCAUUUGCACAUCUGUGACUUCGAGUGCAGGUCUUUUCAUGUAUAGAUAUUUCGCACAAAUGUACUCUACAGACAUGUAUGUAUGUCGACGGCAUUCGCCGUCUCCUGUAUCGUUGCUGAGUGGAUUAAGUGUCGAGCUGCGUAGGAAGCUGAGAGUACAUGGUAAUUUUGUGCAUGUGUGUGUACACUGUGUGCGUGUAAUUGUCGACGCAACUUUGUUGACUUGGUUUGAAGAGUCUUGGCACAAAUGUUCGCUCGAUGCUCAAUUUGUUACGUAUAGUCGGCGCUUGCACUGCAUUUUAUAGGUACGACAUGCCCCUCUUAGGGUUGAAAGCUACAAUUUUGUCAGCGUUUCAUUUUUGUGUGUGCGCGUGUCACAUUGCCGCUUUAAGGCUAAAGCACUCGUCUCAGUUCUAAGGUCGCACAGUUUUUUUGGAAGCGAAACAUGUAAUGUUUUAUUGCAUGCUCAUGCACGGUCAAGUAUUGCGAUUUUUUCUUCUUGAUAGAAAACCAAAAAUUGCACAUUCUACAAGAUCACAACAGAAUUUGAAGUAUGAUGCCAGUAUUUAUAUAUAUAUAUCUUUUUCUGUACACUCUUUAAGCAUCGAAAAGCUGAGUGUGCUUUUUAAGACAUGAGGCUAGAAACGGUUCUUUUUAUGAGUGUUGUGUUGACAGCCGUUACCAUGGUCAACAUUUUGUUCAUGUACAUAGCAUGUGCUACUUGGCAAAAGUGUUUUAUUUGCAGACCUCGUAAACACUUAGUUAGUCGGUUUUUUACAUGUUUGCUUUUGGCACAAUCACGUUGCUGGCCAUGUCACUGGAGCGAUAGUUUAGGUUUACCAUGCACGAACGUCUGCCAGAAUUUCGCACAAGCACUAAAAAUAACUUAAUUCUGGUAAGUCAUUUUAUUAUAUUUCCUAACUUAUGUCACAGGGCCCUGUUUAAGGAGUACUGCAUGUGACAAAUCCACUUUCACACUCUGGUAUUACGAAUGCUACAAGAUUGGCACUUGCAUUUCAUUUCUGUAAGCUGUAUUUGUAAGACAGAAGUGUUGAUGCUGUUGGGCUUCUGUUUUUAUUGUCGAUGUGUUGUGGCGGGUGGCAUUGCUAGGCGCAGGCAACAUUGAUUGUUGCACUUAGAUUUGUUCUGGAGUGCAUACUAACUGCUUUGCCGUUAACGAGUUUCUCUAGUUCGUACAUUUGGAGUUGAAGACGUAUUUUUCCUGUGUCGACUGUGGUGGCCAUGUGCUUGCAUUUAGGUGGUCUUUUUUGGACGUUGGAAAUGCCGCAUUGCUGCAUAUUCAGAGAGUGGCUGGACAGAGAUGCAAGUACUGCCCGCUGAUGUCGUAUCUUUCGUUGUUUUUAAUAAAGAGUAUUGUUGUUUAUAAAGA